UGUCCCAUCAUUAGUGUCAGUGGGGGGAGGAAUAGUGCCCCAUUGUUGGUGUCAGUGGGGGGAGGAAUAGUGCCCCAUCGUUGGUGUCAUUUGAGGAAUAGUGUCCCAUCAUUGGUGUCAGUGGGAGGAAUACUGUCCCAUCAUUGGUGUCAGUGGGAAGAAUAGUGCCCCAUCUUUGGUGUCAGUGGAAGGAAUAGUACGUCAU